AUGGAUGUCUCGCAAGGAAGAGUCAGCUCUCCAUCGUCUUCGCCUGAAUGUUGCCCGUACUCCAUCGUUCCUGUUCAAGAUCAAGUAGCGUCCCUCUUCGGCGUGCCCCUCCUGCUCCACCGACGCCGACACCCAUCAUUUACUCUUGACCUGCUCAAGAUAUGCCGCUCCUCGGCCGCACUCACGCACUGCCUAUCUGCCCUGAGGCACAGAGAUCUCUCUUUGGCCAUCUGGGCCCCAAACAGAUCCUAUGCUGUCCCCGAACGAUAUUGCUUCUACAAGACAGCCCUGUUUUUGGAACAUGUGAUUCCACGGCGCCAGAGGUCAGCGUUGAUAGCGCACGCAGACUGUUGGAGGCGAUCGCGUGGGAGGUGCGGCGCACUGAAGGAGGAGGAGUUGGAGCACCACGUGGUGGAGAUGCUCCGCGUUAUAAAGGGAGGACAACCGGCGUGCGGACCGCGAGUGAAUCCCGGGCUACUUGAAACGACGGUAGCCGACGAAAACACGCAACAGGGAAUGGCCCGCGUAGAGCUAAUCGUAUUUGCUGUCCUCAUGGCCGGAAGCCUUGUUCUGCUGACCAACGAAGCAUUGGCCAAGGCCAGCCCUGAAGAGAUGGUCGGCAUGGUAGAGGCAUUGCGGUUCCUCGAGCAGCUCGACAAGUAUUACUCGCAGAUGGCUCGUCCUAGGUUUGGAAGAAGCGUUCCGACGUCAUUUCGACGACGACCGUCCAUUAUGUCUCCAGGUGAGGAUGACCGGGAGAGGUAAUACCUGCCUGGACGACCAAGGACUCAACCACAGAUGACUACGUGGAAGCGUUUCUAGCAUUAUUUAUUUGCUUUUAGUAAAUGUGUGCCCUUCAACGAACGACAAUCUAGAUCAGAUCCUCUUUUGUUUCUCCAUUUUGUAGUUGAUAAUGCUUGAGAUGUGUAAGAGCGACAAUAAAGUGGAGUAGUGUUUUA